UGUUUUUUUUUCGUCCACUUUGUUUUGUUGGCUAACAGGUUAGUUAACGCUAAUGUCGCAACUUCUGCCGGAAAACAACAUUCAAAGUGUUUGAACGGAACUUUUACAUGCGCGUGGAGUUUACCCUUGAGAGGACGAUGCCACGGUUGCAGUCUGGCGUGUGGAAGCAUUUCACUUCAGUUAUCAGGGACGGGAGGUAGACUUUCAUGUGCAACUACUGUUCAAAGACACACUCAAAGAACGCCACAAAGAUGCAGGUACACUUGGACAAAUGCAAAGAGUAUUCUGUUGCUUCGCACCAGUCACUGCUGCUGGAUGGUAGCUCCUCUGCUUCCAUUCCCAUUCCUUCCUCCUCGUGCUUACCAUCUGCCACCCAUGGGGGACAAUUCCUCAUCGAUUCAGUGGAUCAGGGCAGCCAUGCGUUUGCUGACGAGUGCCUGGCCAGAGCAGUGUAUGCAAUGUCUUCACCACUCACUCUCACCGAGAACAUUUAUUGGAAACGGUUUUUCAGUGUGCUCCGACCCGCGUACUGUCCGCCCACCAGGGAAGCUCUUUCCUCUCAUCUCUUGGAGUGUGAGUAUGACAGAGUACAAAUCCAGGUUCAAGAGGCUAUACGGAAAGCGGACUGCGUCACCAUCAUCUGUAGUGGCGGGUCAAACAUAAGAGAGAGCGGACCUCUCGUUAGUGUCGUUGCAACUCCUUUGCUACUGUUCUACAAAACCACACAGGCAGGCAAACACACAUGCAGAAGCGUUUGUAUUGCUGAUGAACUGACAGGGAUCAUUAACGAAGUCAGGCCAAAAAAGGUAUUUGCUGUUGUCACUGAUAACAUGCCAGAAAUGACGGCUGCUUGGGCUCAAAUAGAGGAAACCUUACCCCAUGUAUCCGCCAUCGGUUGUGCCGCAUCCAUGCUGAAACAGCUCCAUGAAGAUGUUCUGUCCCAGCCAUCUAUAAAAGCACUUUCCAGCAGAGCUGAGCAGGUGGUGAGGUGCGUUCGAGAGAAGAAGAUAUUAGCAGAGAUAUUCAGACGCUGGCAGAUGACAGCGAUACAAACCCACACCUCCACGUUCACAGUGCCUGCUGCUGCUGCUGACUGGACAGGUGUGGUUAAUAUGUUCAGCUGCCUCCUCGAGGAUCAGAACUCCCUCCAGGAGAUGGCUUCUUCAUGCUCAUUGGAUGUCGAGGCGUCCAUGAGGGCUACAAUACACCGAUGCAGCGUUUUGGACAGGAUUAAACAGCGGUCCAAACCUGCUCUGUUUGAUUGGGAAUUACAUUGAUUAC